AUGACUGCUCAAGUAACACUGGAGGAUGCCUUGUCCAACGUGGAUCUCUUGGAAGAAUUACCAUUGCCAGAUCAGCAGCCAUGUAUUGAACCUCCACCAUCAUCUCUUCUUUACCAGCCAAACUUCAACACUAAUUUUGAAGACAGAAAUGCAUUUGUCACUGGCAUUGCAAGAUACAUCGAGCAAGCUACAGUCCAUUCUAGCAUGAAUGAAAUGCUAGAAGAGGGUCAGGAAUAUGCAGUCAUGUUAUACACGUGGAGAAGCUGCUCAAGAGCCAUUCCUCAGGUCAAGUGCAACGAGCAGCCUAACAGAGUAGAAAUUUAUGAGAAAACUGUGGAAGUUCUGGAGCCAGAAGUCACAAAACUGAUGAAUUUUAUGUAUUUUCAGAGAAACGCAAUUGAACGCUUCUGUGGGGAAGUGAGACGCUUGUGCCACGCGGAGAGGAGGAAGGACUUUGUGUCUGAAGCGUAUCUGAUCACCCUGGGCAAGUUCAUCAACAUGUUUGCGGUGCUGGAUGAGUUGAAGAACAUGAAGUGCAGCGUGAAGAACGACCAUUCGGCCUACAAGCGAGCUGCUCAGUUCCUGCGGAAAAUGGCAGAUCCUCAGUCCAUUCAAGAGUCCCAGAAUCUCUCCAUGUUCCUUGCCAACCACAACAAGAUAACACAAUCCUUACAGCAGCAGUUGGAGGUGAUUGUUGGCUAUGAAGAGCUGCUUGCAGACAUUGUGAAUUUGUGUGUGGACUACUAUGAAAACAAAAUGUAUCUAACGCCCAGUGAGAAACACAUGCUUUUGAAAGUGAUGGGCUUUGGAUUAUACCUGAUGGAUGGAAGUGUCAGUAACAUCUAUAAGUUGGAUGCAAAGAAAAGGAUAAAUUUAGCUAAGAUUGACAAGUACUUUAAGCAGUUGCAGGUUGUCCCACUGUUUGGUGACAUGCAGAUUGAACUCGCAAGAUACAUUAAGACCAGUGCCCAUUAUGAGGAGAAUAAAUCCAGGUGGACGUGCACAUCUUCCAGCAGCAGUCCCCAGUACAACAUCUGUGAGCAGAUGAUCCAGAUCAGAGAGGACCAUAUGCGUUUCAUAUCAGAACUGGCUCGUUACAGCAACAGUGAGGUGGUGACUGGGUCUGGUCGCCAGGAAGCUCAGAAAACAGACGCUGAGUAUCGGAAGCUCUUUGAUCUCUCUCUCCAAGGCCUGCAGCUUCUCUCCCAGUGGAGUGCACAUGUCAUGGAAGUGUAUUCCUGGAAGCUGGUACACCCAACUGACAAAUACUCUAAUAAAGAUUGUCCUGACAAUGCAGAAGAGUAUGAAAGAGCAACAAGAUACAAUUAUACUAGUGAGGAGAAGUUUGCUUUGGUUGAGGUGAUUGCCAUGAUCAAAGGUCUUCAGGUGCUGAUGGGACGGAUGGAGAGUGUUUUCAAUCAUGCCAUUCGUCAUACUAUUUAUGCAGCCCUUCAGGACUUUGCCCAGGUCACACUUAGAGAGCCACUAAGACAAGCCAUUAAAAAGAAGAAGAAUGUCAUUCAGAGUGUCUUGCAGGCCAUAAGAAAGACUGUGUGUGACUGGGAAGCAGGACAUGAGCCGUUCAAUGACCCAGCGCUGAGGGGAGAGAAGGACCCCAAGAGUGGGUUUGACAUCAAAGUCCCAAGACGUGCAGUAGGACCCUCCAGUACUCAGCUCUUCAUGGUUCGCACUAUGACAGAGUCCUUGAACUCUGCUGAGCUGUUGAAGCAGCUCAAGUCUCUGGGCCUGGAAAAGCUAUUGCAUGUGACACACAAGUUUCUGAGGCAGUCCUACAUCUAUCCGCCUCUUUUAAACUUUGGGGAAACCCUGCAGCAGUGCUGUGAUCUGUCCCAGCUGUGGUUCAGGGAGUUCUUCUUAGAGCUCACCAUGGGCAGAAGGAUCCAGUUUCCCAUUGAGAUGUCCAUGCCUUGGAUUUUGACAGAUCAUAUUUUGGAGACCAAAGAGGCAUCAAUGAUGGAGUAUGUUCUGUAUUCUUUGGACCUUUACAAUGACAGUGCUCAUUAUGCACUCACUAAAUUUAAGAAGCAGUUCCUCUAUGAUGAAAUCGAGGCAGAGGUAAACCUGUGUUUUGACCAGUUCGUCUACAAGCUGGCAGACCAAAUAUUUGCAUACUACAAGGCAAUGGCUGGCAGCCUGCUCCUGGAUAAGCGGCUGCGCUCGGAGUGCAAGAAUCAGGGAGCAACCAUCCAGCUGCUGCAGUCCAACCGCUACGAGACACUGCUCAAACAGAGACAUGUGCAGCUGCUGGGCCGGUCGAUAGACCUGAACCGCCUGAUCACGCAGCGCAUCUCGGCGGCGAUGUACCGCUCCAUGGAGCUGGCCAUCGGGCGCUUCGAGAGCGAGGACCUGACUUCCAUUGUGGAGCUUGAUGGCUUGAUAGAGAUAAACAAAAUGACUCACAAGCUUCUGAGCAGAUACAUGACCUUGGACAGCUUUGAUGCCAUGUUCAGAGAAGCCAAUCACAAUGUUUCAGCCCCAUAUGGAAGAAUCACUCUUCAUGUUUUCUGGGAACUCAAUUACGAUUUCCUUCCAAACUACUGCUACAAUGGCUCCACGAACAGGUUUGUUCGGACUGUGCUGCCGUUUUCUCAGGAGUUCCAGCGAGAUAAGCAGCCUAAUGCACAACCACAGUAUCUCUAUGGAACAAAGGUUGGAUUUAAUUCCCUUUAUGUUCAUGGUUUGCUAAUGUUUAAAGGAGCAGACCAGAUGCAGUGUAGAGCAAAAACCCUACUGAAUGUCAUAGAGAUUGCUAACUUAAUUUAUCUAAGUGAUGAUACAGUGGG